ACCCCGUUGUGUCUGACUGAUACUCGACGAUGCGACCUAUCCGUGAGCAUACUCACAUAUACAAAAUACGGGGAGAUCGCAUUUCACUACAUUUUCACCGGGCAUAACCGAAAGGUAUUGAAAAGAGGGUUUUCGAGACCGCUCCUCUGCCCCAGUGUCACGUGACUCGGAUCGCCUAAAUACCGAAUCGGAGCGACAGUCUUUCGCUUUUACUUUGUCCUUGAUGAUGGCAGCUCAGGAUUUCAAUUUUUUACUUGCGACGGACUCAUAUAAGAUUACCCACUACAAGCAAUACCCUCCAGAUGUCAGUAAGGUCUAUUCCUAUUUUGAGUGCCGGCACAAAAAUGGGGGGCAGUUCAGUGAGGUUGUGUUUUUUGGCCUCCAGUAUCUCCUGAAGAAAUAUCUAGCAGGUCAAGUUGUCACAGAGGAGAAGAUCCAAGAGGCUAAAGUCUUUUAUCAGAUGCACUUUAAACAGACAGUGUUUGAUGAAGAGGGAUGGCGGAAAGUUUUAGAGAAAUAUGAUGGCCAUCUUCCAAUCCGUAUCAAAGCAGUUCCCGAGGGGAAGAUCAUUCCCAGAGGCAACGUUCUCUUCACUGUGGAGAACACGGAUCCAGAUUUCUUCUGGCUUACCAAUUUUAUUGAGACUAUGCUGGUCCAAAUGUGGUAUCCCAUCACUGUGGCAACAAUCUCCAGGGAGUUCAAAAAAAUUCUGGCUAAGCACCUGAAAGCCACAUCGGGGAGCUCGGAGGGCUUGGACAUCAAGCUGCAUGAUUUUGGCUACAGAGGCGUGUCUUCACAAGAGUCAGCAGCACUGGGUGGAGCUGCUCAUCUGGUGAAUUUCAGCAGCACGGACACAGUGGCAGGUCUACUCAUGGCACAGCGAUACUAUGGAUGUCCUAUGGCUGGAUUCUCUAUCCCUGCAGCAGAACACAGCACUAUCAUUUCCUGGGGCAGGAGCCGAGAGAAGGAUGCAUUCGAGUGUCUGCUGGACCAGUUUCCCAAAGGGCCUGUAGCUGUGGUUAGCGACAGCUAUGACAUUUUUAAGGCUUGUAAGCACAUCUGGGGAGAUAAGCUGAAAGAGAGAGUGAUGGAGAGGAGUGAAGAUUCUGCUCUCAUUAUACGGCCGGACUCUGGGGACCCCGCUGAGACCCUCAUAGAGGUGAUAAAGAUUUUGGAAGAGUGCUUUGGUUGUUCUCAGAACUCGAUGGGUUACAAGGUGCUCCCUUCAUACCUGCGCAUUAUCCAGGGCGAUGGGAUUGAUCUGAACUCGGUUGAUGGGAUUUUGGAGAAACUGAGCGAUGAGGGAUGGAGUGCAGAGAACGUGUUUUUCGGUUGCGGAAGCGCACUAUUGCAGAAGAUCAACAGAGACACGCUUAACUGCGCUUUCAAGUGUAGCUACGUGGAGAUCAAUGGCAAAGGCAUGGAUGUCUAUAAGCAACCAGUGACAGAUCCGUCUAAAGGAUCCAAGCGGGGUCGUCUCUCUCUGAGAAGAAACUCUGAUGGAUUGAUAGAGACGGUGGAAAGAGGAGCAGGCAAACCAGAGGAGGACAUGUUGGUGACUGUGUUUGAAAAUGGGACCGUACUACAGGAGUACACUCUGGAUGAGAUCCGUAAAGCUGCUCAGCUUUGGGAAGAAGAUGUGAGCCCUGCCCAGCACAAUAAAGAUGAAGGCACUACUCUGGAAAUCCACCAGAAGCUCAUAAUGAAUGGCGUGCAUUAAGAUCUAUACUCAAUGCACUCUGUUAUCUACACUGCCCCCUACAGACCAACCACUGACCUAUUCCACACAACACUUAAUGGUUCUCAGUAAAGAACCAUUACGUUCUUUACUCAGUAAAGUUCUCAGUUUAGGCAUUUGUAGAUCACUUUGUUGACAGUAUAUUUAAAAUUAUAUAUAAAAUCUGACCUUUAAACUUUUGUGGCAACCCAUAAAGUUUGGAUGCCAAGGUUUUUUAAUUUUACCAUGAUUAAUUUCUAAUUAAUAUUCAAUGCCAAAUAUCUGUAAUGGUGCUCUUACCAUAGGCAUGUGUUUUAGGAGUAGGCUGAUGACAGGGUUUGAGAGAGUUUGUGUUCAGUAGAUUUUUCAUGUUGUUAAUCUAUCACCCUGGUGGUACAUUGAUAAAUUAAGGAAACUUAAUUUGAGGUGAUCUAAUGACCAACUCUGGGUUUCUGUACCAACAGUUAUGCACAUGAUACUGACCUCUAAUCAGUAGGUCCAUAUAAAGUACACUACAACUGUUAUAAAUGCAUACAUGGACUAUUUUAUUUAGAAACACUUUUUGGAGGUUUUGGGGUUUGUGGAAUGUCUUUAAAUAUAUUUUCUAUAGUUUUUGAAGUACACAUAAAUUUCAUCACAGGUUCCCGUAAUGCAAUACAUUGAAGCAUUUUGUCCAGCACAGAUUUAGUUUUUAGCCACUUUCACUGAUACAGAAUUCAAGAUUAGUGUCUUGGUGUUACGUAGCUUACAUUGAGGUUGCUUUCGUAACAUUUUUUUUUUUGUUAGUAAAGACACAUUUCUUUUCAGCAUAUUAAUGAAACAGCAAAUUGAUCUUGUAAUUGCCAUAAUAUUGUACCUGGAGUGAAUGCUCCAUAGACAGCGUAAUUGAAAGCGUUUUUUGGAGAAUUGGUUAGAGAUUUUUAUUAAGUUGGUUUUAGACUUCCAUCUAUGGUGCACAGAAUACACAGCGGAUGCUUUCAGUAUUCUGUCUCCAUACAGCUGCUGAUGGUGCCUUACGAAACCACUCUGACCUCAGUGCUGGUCUCUGUCUCUCUUUUCUUAUUUUCAUUUUCACACUUAAUAUUGACCCCCCUAGUAGUUUCUCUCAUCUGCCUUCUCUAUUCACAUUCUGUGACUCAUGAAUGACUGUUCGGGGCUUUGCUAUUUUUUCAGUUUGCCUUCUGUUUUUCUUGUAAAGCUUCAGUUAUGUUUGACACCUGUAUGCUAAAGCCGAGUGAGAUGUGCAGUGGGUUUAAACACAUUGUAUGUUGAUUGUCUGAAUAUCUGAAUAGAGAUUGAGCCUACCUCUUUUAUUAAUACAGUGUAAUAUGAAGAAAUUGUCAUUACACUUUGAGUAAAUAGCAUAUAUUCUGUUGUGUAAAUACUUUUAAUGGUAGUGUGAAUGAGUGAGAUUUUAGCAUUCUUGUUGCUUUUUUAUUUUACAAAAGUGAUAUUUUGUAUGACAAAAAGACAAGAAAAAAAUAAAUGUAGCUUGAACUUUCUAGUUCUAAUUUUUAAGAUGUCAUAGCCUACUUUCUAUUAAUAG